ACUGAACACUUUACUUGGGAUAUUCUAGUGGAUCAACGGUUUCGCCAGCCGCUACACGUACAACACCUCUCGAUGCAGCAGGCCCCAGGGUACAGGCCGAUAAGUGGCGUGACCCACGUAAUUGGAGGAGCCCCGGGGAUAACCACCACAAUUGUAGUGGGGAACACACAACUAGGCAUAGGGCCAGGUUCUACAACGGUCACCGACACUCGGGACAAGAGAUGGCGCCAGCAGACGACAGUGCCAUCGGAGACCCGCGCAGGCUGUUGCGGCCUUUUGACGGCCUGUGUCCUCAUUAAUCUAUGUAACAGCGUAGUGACCUUCAUGAUCAGCGGGGAGAGUCAACUGUUUACCUGGGUCUUCGAGCAGAUAGGAAUAGCGGAUCAGGUGAAGAAGGACUUGACGGACUGGGGCGAGCACCAAGACCAGAUUCAGCUGGCUUUCACGUGUACUCGGAUUCUGUCUGUGUUAUUGGCGUCAAUCGUGCUGGUGAGGUUUGAGUACAGGAUUGUUGCUUUGGUUUCUUCUACUGUGCUUGGCCUUACCGUUCUCAUCACGUCUUUCGUGAAUACUUCACUCAUCGGUCUCAUUGUCGUCCUUAUAGGGGGCGUAGCAGGAAUGGCUUCCGGCUUUCUUUACAUUUGCGCCAUUUUACCGGUGCUGGAACAUUUUGACGACGGAAUCUUCCGAGCGCUUCACGCUGUUCACCAGGCUGAGACGUUUGGCUAUGUCGCGUGUGCCUUGAUGCGGAUGGCGACAGGGAAUUCCUGGAGAUCACUUUUCCGCUGGCAGCUUUUGGUGAUGGCGUUUGCGUUUGGAUCAGCUUUUGCUCUUACACCUGCCGAGUUUCACGAUAGUUCCGUCAUCGUGCGAGGCACAAACGAACCGGCAAAGACCAAGCGAAAACUCACAUGGAGCAUAUUGAAACACCCUGCCAUUUACCUGUUGAUGGUUUGCUUCUUAUUCCAGCGUCUGGGAUUUGGUUACCUGGAAGAAGAAGCGGGAACUCUGCUGACCGGCAGCCUCAACUUAAUUCUCUUUUUUCUGGCCCAGUGGUUGGGCCCUAUCCUGAUGUUCUCCAAGCGCUGUGUGGCCGGUUACUUCCCUCAUAUCAUCCUGAUGGCCUUCACCCUGGUUGCCGGUGUUUACACGUUAGCAAUUCCUAAAGUUGACCACUCGGACGGGCUCAUAGUUGUGUUCAUCAUCAUCGUUGGCGUGGCUGCAGCCACUACAGAGUCGCUACGGGAUGUGAUCCUAACUGCCCAGUUCCUAAAGGAGCAAUACUGCCUGGCGUUCGGGGUGCUGUACACGUGCACAGGGAUUGGGGAGAUCAUAGUGGCAGCCACAGCAAAGAAAGAGGAAGCGAAGUAUUCCGAUGACAUCCAUCUGGACUUCUUCACGCUUAACCUGGCCGGUGCCUUCAUCAUCGUGUCGGCUUUCUUUGUUCUGGCAGCCGCAGUCGUCUACAGUAAGCUUGGGUUUCCGCUUGGGGAUUGCCCCGCCUCCUGUUGUAAUUUCGGAAAGUUUAGCCGCCUCAGGGACGAGGACGAGGGCUCCGAUGGCGAAGGAAUUAUCCAGGAGGAAGUCCUUCCCUUUAAUGAUCCGGAGGACAUUUCCUAUGGAACUUCUCCACAGGCGUCGGGCAUACAGGGUGAUGCAUCGCCGGAACAGGAAAUGAUGCAACCGGUAUGAAAUGCAGCACACUUGUGAUUUUGACCGUGUAAAAAUAUAGAAAAAAAUAUGCCUCCGAGCUCUUUGCAUUAUCUGGCGUCUUCCCUCGUGAAAUAAUAGUGUUGAUAUUAUAGAAGAGCGACACCCGAUUCUACAUCCUCAAUACUCCAGGGGUUAUACUCACUUUCGCUUUCUGCACCCCUGGAAUAUGUCAUGACAAAAUCGAAGGUUCAGUGUGCACUACCUUGUGCUUGAGACGAGAGGAGAGGUUUGAGCCUUUGACGAACAUCAAAAGAAUCUCACUGUUGCGUAACGGUAAAGUUGACUGGCCUUGAAGUCGGGUGUUGCUCGUCUUUAAUCUUUAAAUUACAGGUUUCAGCUUAGGGAUUGGUCGGGUGGGUUUUUUAACGAACACCAAUCAAAUAGCUAGCCGCGUGCUUUUUAUUUGGCAUGACUUGUUUCAGGGAUACAGAGAGAGAACGUGAGCGUAACCACUAAACAUGGAGGAUGCCGAUUCCAAAGCCAGUCAAUUUUACCGUUACGCUUCCAUGCACAGAAACAUUGAUUGAAUAAACAAGCCAGGAGCUUGUUGCAACAGUUAUCUAACGUAGAAAAGGUUUUGUGGUCCGCUCCUUUACUAGUAAUAGUUGUUUAUCUCAUGCAAACAAAUAAUGGAGUCUCUACUGCCAAGUUCUCACAGACAAGUUGGUCUUUCGUCAGACUAUUACAGGAACGGGUGUAAGAUGGACGCUAAUCAGUUGUUACAUGGAAAGGGUAUAGACUGCCCCCUUAUCUUCGAUUUUAUAGUGAGGAGAGAUGAAAUAGGCGCUUAAUCAAGAUAUACAUAAUGUAUAACAAGGAGAAGUGUAGGGAUUGAAGCUUAUCCAAGAUUUUUCAGGGAGGGGGAGGGGGGAGGGGAAGAACAUUUAUCUAAGAUGUUUCAGGGAGAGGGAGAGGAAUAACGCUUAUCCAAGAUGUUUCAUGGAGGAGGGUUAAGAAUGACGCUGAUCUACGAUCAUGAAAUGGAAAAUAAAACGGUAAUACUAGUUAUCUACGAAUAUACUGGGAGUCUUUAUACAUUGAUCAUGUAUUGAAGAUCAAUGUUUGGUACUUGUACAACAGAUUGGGUGUAUGGUAGAUCUUUGUGUGGUGCUUCUGUUACAGAUUGCGUGCGUGGUCUAGAUCUUCGUGUGGUACUUCUGUAAAGACAUUGAGUGUGUAUUGAAGGACAUUGCGUGGUUCUUAAGUAAAGAUUUUGAGGGUGUAUGAUGGAUUUUCAUGUGGUGUGGUACUUCUGUACAAACAUUGAGGAUGUGUGGAAGAUAUUUGUGCGUUACUUCUGUACAGACAUUGAGAGUGUAUGGUAGAUCUUCGUGUGGUCUGGUAUUUCUGUCAGACAUUGAGGUUGUAUCGUAGAUCUUCGUGUGGUGUGGUAUUUCUGUCAGACAUUGAUGGUGUAUCGUAGAUCUUCGUGUGGUGUGGUACUUCUGUACAGACAUUGAGGGUGUAUGGUAGAUUUUCAUGUGAUGUGUUACGUCUGUACAGACAUUGAGGGUGUAUCGUAGAUCUUCGUGUGGUGUGGUACUUCUGUACAGACAUUGAGGGUGUAUGGUAGAUUUUCAUGUGAUGUGGUACUUCUGUACAGACAUUGAGGGUGUAUCGUGGAUCUGCGUGUGGUGUGGUACUUCUGUCAUUGAGGGUGUAGGGUAGAUAUUUGUGCGUUACUUCAGUAAUGAUAUUGAGAGUGUAUGGUAGGACAUUGCAUGGUACGUAGAUUUAUAUGUAUGCACUAAACAUGAUAGAUCAUACAUUGCAUGGGAGUUCGAUAUAUAUAUAUGCAUGUUUAUUAAUUCUAGAUAUCAGAUAAAAUAUUCCUUUGUC